UCCAAACAAUCAAUAAUAACAUAACACCAAAAAGAAAAACAAUUGAGAUGGCGGCACCCUCAUCUCCCAACGUCAAAGAAGGACCACAAGUGUUCAUCAAUUUUCGGGGAGCAGAGCUACGUAAAACUUUCAUCUCCCAUCUCGAAAGUGCCUUGAAACGCAUCGGUGUCAACGCGUAUAUAGACAGUAACGAGCCAGCGGGCGAGAAUCUUCAUAAACUUUUUGAAAGGAUUGAGGAGUCGAAUGUCGCGCUGGCGAUCUUAUCCAGUAGGUACACGGAGUCAAAUUGGUGCUUGAAAGAGCUGGUGAAGAUAAUGGAAUGCGUGGAGCAAGAUAACCUAUGGGUUAUUCCCAUUUUUUACAAGCUGGAUCCAGGCACGGUGAAAGGACUUGAUGGAGACUUCGGUAUUCAGCUAUGGAAUCUGUGGAGGAAGGCGGGUCGUAACCGAGAUGACCGGAUUCUUAAGUGGGAUGCUGCUUUGCAGGGAGUUACAAGCAAGUUUGGCUUGGUGUCGGAAACUAGCCGUAACGACGCUGCUUUCGUAGAUGAUAUCAUUACACAUGUUCAGAAUGUCUUAUCAAAAGAUUUAUUACUGAGGGAAGAAAACACUAAACCCCGAAGAAGAGGAGCAAAGUAUUGGAAAUUAUUUCCGAUAUUAUUUCUUGUAACAUAUUUGUAUAUAUCUAGAGUUUCCACAUCUUGUAUUUUGCCAAUUCAGUUAGAUUAAUUUGAUGUAACAAUGCAAAUUUUUCUAUCACUUCCACAAAACUCUCUCAUAUGGAAGUGAUAUGUGAUGAGUGAUGAAUCCUCUCAACGUAUCCGAGGAGGAAAGGACUAUCAAACCUACCCAAAAACUCCAAAAUCAAGGAUUAUGGUCGGAGGAUGAGGUAAGCGUGAUAAUAGCUAGAGGAUUAACUUUCCACUAGUUCCAUCUUUCUCUCCUUUUAGAAUAUGCUUCAUUGUAUGAUCUCUCUUUAUUUAACUUUCAAAAACUAUAUGAUCUACAAAUUACUUUUUAAUGCAUUUUAA